CAACGCAUGCUGAGGCGGAAGGAUAUACAUGCAACUUGUUUGGCACGUUAAGUUAAACUACUUUAUUUAAGUUUAAAAUUAAAAAUAAGGUGCUAAUUAAAAAGCGCUUUGAUAAAAUAGUCAUUUCAAUACAUUUCUCUGGGAUUAACAUGGAAAACACACCGGCGAACUGGGCGGAAGAGAGGGCGACUGCAUUGCAGGACAACACUGGGCCCAGAUCACAAAUCCACAAAAAUGGACACAGUGGCACAGUGCAUGGAGAACGUACUCUGAAAGUGGCUUUCACCGACCCCAAAGGCACACGAAUAAGACAGAAAGGAUUACGUGCUGAGCUGUUGGAGAAGCACCUUAUCAAAAGCAUAAGUGAGCAGAUAAAAGCAGAGCUCAACCCUGAGCCUCCAGCCCCCGAGUUGUGCUCUGUAACAAGAACCGAUUACGCAGCGGAGGGCUUCCGAUUCGUCCGACCAGCGCCGUCCGCGGACCGUGACUACAAAACUGACCAGGCCAUCACGUAUUGGAGUGAAAACCAAAUAAAGAUUCAGGGAGUGACAGCCAUCAAAACCAGGGAUAAUCCCUUCAAGAAGAAUGCCACCUUCAGCACACCUAUCACCGAGUGCUUGGAUGAUCCCAUUAACUUCCCUCCUGAGAGCUGACCUAAUAAGAAUAUGAAAGAAAUAUAAUUGAUACUGUUCAUUUCAUUCAUUUGUUUCUUACAUUCACUUUGACUUUUAUUUGAUUGCAGACAGGAUGAAUAUGACAUAUUUCAUGUUUUAUCUGCUCAACUUCAUUUCAUUUAUUACUAAACAUUCAUUCCUGCAUUUCAGGUCUGCAACACAUUCCCAAAAAAAUUGGGACAGUAAAGCAUUUACCACUUUGUAAUGUUGCCAUUCCUUUUCACCACACUUAAAAUACGUUUUUGCACAGAGGUGAAAGAGUGAUUUAGUGUUUCAGCUUUUAUUUUGUCUCAUUCUUCCUGCAAACACGUCUUAAGAUGUGUAACAGUACGGGGUCGUCAUUGUCGCAUUUUUCGUUUUAAAAUUCUCCACACAUUCUCUAUUGGGGACAGGUCAGGACUGCAGGCAGGCCAGUCCAGUACCCGUUCCCUCUUCUUCCACAGCCGUGCCUUUGUAAUGUGUGCAGCAUGUGGUUUUGCAUCGUCUUGUUGUAAGAUGCAUGGACGUCCCUGGAAAAGAUGAUGUUUUGAAGGCAGCACAUGUUGCUCUAAGAUCUCAAUGUACUUUUCUGUAUUAAUGCUGCCAUCACAGAAGUGUAAAUGACCUUUUCCGAGGGCACUGACACAGCGCCAUACCAUGACAGACCCUGGCUUUUGGACUUGUUCCUGAUAACAGUCUGGAUGGUCCUUUUCAUCUUUGGUCCAGAGCACACAGCAUCCAUUUUUUCCAAAAAAAGACCUGGAAUGCUGAUUCAUCUGACUACAAUACAUGUUUCCACUGUGUGAUGGUCCAUCCUAGAUGCCUCAAAGCCCAGAGAAGUUGAUGAUGCUUCUGGACAUGGUUAACAUAAGGCUUCUUGUUUGCACAGUAAAGUUUUAAGUGGCAUUUGUGCAUGUAACUCUGUAUUGUAGUGCUUGACAAAGGUUUGCCAAAGUAAUCCCUCACCCAUGUGGUUCUAUCAGCUAUUGUUGAGUGGCGGUUCUUGAUGCAGUGCCGUCUGAGGGAUCGAAGAUCACGGGCGUUCAGCUUAAGCUUGCACCCUUGGCCUUUACGCACUGAAAUUCCUCCCGAUUCCUUGGAUCGUUUAAUGAUAUUAUGCACUGUAGAGGGAGAAAUAUGCAAAUCCCUUCUAAUCUUUUUUUGAGGUUCAUUGUUUUUAAACAUUUCAAUCAUUUUCUCACGCAUUUGUUGACAAACUGGAGAUCCUCUGAUCAUCUUUGCUCAUCAAAGACUCAGCCUUUUCUGGAUGCUGCUUUUGUACCAAACCAUGAUUACAAUCAAUUGUUUGGAAUCACAUAAUUAUUUAGUUUUUUCACCUCAUUACUAGCCCUAAAUUGCCCCCGUCCCAACUUUUUUUGGAAUGUGUUGCAGGCCUGUAAUUCAGGAAUGGAGGUAUAUUAACAAAUGUAAUGAAGUUGAGCAGAUAAAACAUGAAAUAUCUCAGGUUCAUCCUGUCUGCAAUCAAAUAAAAGUCAAAGUAAAUGUACGGAACAUUUGGGGUUGUAUUUUCCCAAAUCAGAAAUAGCUCCAUUAAUCUUAAGAGACCAAACAAAUGUCUAAUCCGCUUUAAGCGAAAACUGUGUCGAAACACAUUUCCAUUUCAACCCAGACAUGAAAAACCUUGUUAUUAAAAGCAGAAAGGAACCUUCGUUAUGUCGAUAACACACAGCAUCGGCUUCUUUUUAAACACAGCGGCGUAUUUUCAUAUGGCUCGGCUAUCGGGUCUGUGCUACCCUUUCAUGCUUUCGCCAGAGUAGCCAUGGCAACAAGUCAUUUUUAGACUAGGUUCGUGCAGAAUCCCCCCUUUUUUCUGAGUAGGAUAUGUAAUCUGGAACAUACAGGGAUGAAUUCAUGUUCAAAAUGCAAAUUGUACAAUAAAGGUAACCAACAGA